AAAAAAAAAGAAUAAAAAGAAAACAAGGAAUGAACACUAUCUAUGGAAUGCUUGCUGUCUCCCUUCGUCUUCUUCUUCUUCUUCUUCUUCUUCUUCUUCUUCUUCUUCUUCUUCUUCUGCCUGUAGAUAGUCCAGGUGGUUGGAUCCUUGAGAACAAUAGUCAUAAUGAUCUCCAAAUCAAGGUCACCAGGCCCGAUUUAGGGGGAAAACCAAAUAGUUCCCACCAGAGUAUCUGCAGGAGACGAAGAGAAAGCAACGAAUUGUCCGACUCGGCCAUAGCUCGGGUUGCCAAUCAUUGGGGGUGAUGGUCCUGAUGAUCUGCUUUCGGGGCUCCAUCCAACCAUUCCCAACCUGACCGACUGACCAAAAAAUUUCGAAUUGACUAUUGAAGAAAAUGGGAUACAGGGCUAGAAAAACAAACUCCCAAAAAUGAAAAAGAGUAAACAACGUACCAGAGCAUGUAUGAGUCAACCCGUUGUCCUGUCAAAAAUAAAUAUAGAUCUCUCAGGGAUCC